AUGUCAUAGAAACUAUUAAAUAAUUAAAAGUAAGAGGAAGAAUAUAAGGGAGAGCCAUUAAAUCCCAAUAUUGCUUAUGGACCUCUUGAAGACAGAGGUUGCAGAGAUAUAUUUUUCUUUAUAUUGUUUGUUCUUUUCUGGGUAGGUUUAUUCAUCAUUGCAGGAGUAGCUGUAAAGAAUGGAGAUCCCAGAAGAUUAGCAACUCCUUUCGACUCUAGUGGAAAUUAAUGUGGAUAUUCCAGCGCUUCAGAUUAUCCUUAUAUGUUCUUCAGUAAGGAAGGAUCAAAUUCUAUAUCUAAUCAAAUUUAUGCUUGCAUUAAAUCGUGCCCAAAAUAAGGAACAGUAUCAGUUGAGUGUUUAACAAAUCAAGUAGUAAAGAAUUGCGAUUAGUUGUAAAUCUAUCCUUCUACCUCAUUUGUUACUGUUUGCAUUCCUACUGAUAGCGAAUUACAGAAGUCUAUUAAAAGCUAAGUCGAUAUAGGCUCUCUUGAAGAAUGGAUGAGUGAUAUUAGAACAACUUGGCCUGUUUCUCUAGGUGUAGCAUUUAUCGCCUUUGGUGUUUCAUUCAUAUUCUUGAUAUUGAUGAGAACAUGUGCUGGAUUCAUUACAUGGUCUAUGAUAGCUGGCUACUUUAUCCUUUUGAUUACUUUAGGAUGUCUUUGUUUGUACAAAUCCUACAACAAAAGUUACGAAAAUGUUCCUAGCGAAUUCUAAAAUUAACAAGCUCUUGAGGCUCUUGGAUAUUGUCUUUUGGUAUUAGCAGCUAUUUCACUUUUGCUUUUCAUAUGUUUCUUCAAUAAAAUUAAAAGAGCUGUUGCAAUAAUGAAAGCUGCCUCAGACUUUACUAGAGAUGUAUGGCAAUCAUUUAUUGUUCCUGUAAUCAUGUUUGUCUUGAUUUGCGGCUUUUUCGUUUUCUGGAUUAUUAUUUCUUUAUACAUUUACUCAUCUGGUUAAAUCAAAUAACAAUCAAACUCUCCCUUUGGAUCAGUUGAAUGGGAUGUAGGAGUUAAAAGAACACUUGUUUAUUACCUUUUCGGACUUUUUUGGAAUGUUGAAUUCUUUAUUGGUAUGAGCCAACUUAUCAUUGCAAGUUGUGCAGCUUUUUGGUAUUUCUCUCAUAGACCUAAUGCUUAGUUACAUAAUCCUGUUUCAAAGUCUAUUGUUAGAGCCUUCACUUUACAUAUUGGGUCUGUCUGUUUAGGAAGUAUGGUUUUAAGUAUAGUAAUGUUGAUUAGAUUUUUGGUUGAGCUUUUCUAUAAUUAGGCUAAGAAAAAUUUAAAUAAUAACCCUGCUGCUAAUUGCUGUAUCAAAUGCUGUUUAUGCUGCUUAAAAUGCUUCGAAAACUUUAUAAGAUUUAUCAAUACAAAUGCUUAUAUUAUGAUUGGUUUAGCAGGUAAUAGUUUUUGCACAUCAGCAAAAGAUGCAUUCUUCCUUAUUUCAAGAAAUGCUGCAUAGUUCAGUAUCACUUAAGGUAUUGGUAGAAUUUUUGUCUUCUUUGGUAAAUUCUUUAUUACUUUCUUUUCUGCAAUGAUGGGAUAUUUGAUUAUAACAAAUAUGACAACUUACAGUGAAAAAAUUUACUCAGCUGGUGUCCCAACUUUCCUUUUUGUCGUUAUUGCCUUCUGCAUUUCUUCAGUUUUUAUGAGUAUCUACGGUAUGGCUGCAGAUACCCUUUUAAUGUGCCUUUGCUCUGAUAAAGAAAUUAAUAGAGGAAGACCUCAAUCAUGUCCUUAGACUUUACAAGAAUUUGAAAACGAAUACAUGAGUUGA